AUGCGAGUAUCAGCAAACCUAACAGUAACAGCCUUAAUAACAUCACAUAUUUCAAGAUCCCCUUAUUUUCAACUUACAAUGAAUAAUGCAUUCACAAAGUUACAAGUCAAGAAUUGCCAUUUUAACAAAUUCACAGCUCCAUUAGUACAAUCUUUUUCAAAAAAUACUCAUAUUCUUCUUAAAUCAUCACGUGCAACAAACUUUUUGCAGAGUGUUCUUCGCGUAGACUCUACAGCUAUUACUUACCGUGAAGUUGUCGAAAAUGCAGUUACAAACUUAAACAUGGGACGCAACGUAGAAGAUGUUGCUUGCCAGGAAAUGAUAUUCAAGAACUGCACAACAGCAUAUGAUGGUGGCGCUGUCUUUGUCAUCAUCGGCGGCAUUUUCUAUUGCAAUUUUACAGCUUUCGAUAAUUGCUUUACAAACCCUGACUACAUUGGCGGUGCUGUCUAUUGCAUUGCCAACGCUACAAACUUCACUGGUGAUUGCUUCAGGAGCUGUUCUGCAAAGAAAGGAUGCGCUGUUAUGAACCCAGAAACUAACUACCAGUUUUCAAUGAAAUUAUGUCAGAUGAAUGAUAUUAUUCCAGAUGCUACUAACCCUGCUCGCGUUGUUGAUGUCUAUGCUCGUGAUAUUCUUAUCCUUGGAUCUAACAUGUCCAACGUCAAACUCAGCCAAAUCGUUCGCUUCAUCCCAACACAGAACUUCGUUUGCAAUUUUACAAACUACGAAAACGCUGUUGUUGACGGUGCAGAGUAUAAGGCAAUGUUCAAGUUCCAUAAAAUGAACAGGCAAAUGUAUAUUUCAUAUGUCAACUUCAAUAACUGCUCAAUCUCUAAUAGCGGAUCAGAUCUCGGCUACUUAUUCAACAUUAAUGGCUUUUCUAUUACUAUUAACAACUCUAUCAUCGUUAAAUCGACAUUUGAUUCAUUCUCAACCGGCGACAAUGUUACUGUCUACAUUAGCAACUCUGUUUUCGAUUUUGCUAAGGACAAGAUCACAAAUGUUACAGUUGUUGAUGAUAAUGUUACCUUCGCUGCUACAGAUGCUAAGCCACUUGCACUUACAGCAGUUUCUACAGAGGGUUGCUGGUUCCAUUCAACUUAUAAAUGGGAAAGACCACCUCUUAAGUCCCAGGGCUUGAUCCUUGGCUUUAUGGCCCUUGCCGUUAUUGUUACUGUUUGCAUCCUCAUCUGGAAGAAGAGAAGCCUCGAUAAGCAAAAACCAGUUGAUGAAGACGACGAAGCUGAGAUGCUUAUGGCUGGAUCUGGACAGUAA